CAUCAUACAAACAUACCUUCUUCUUUUUCUUUUUUUGAGGGGUCGAAGAUUGGAAUCUGGACCAAACAUUGAUACUCUGGUCAUCCGAUUCACCAUUUUGUUUUGCUUCUUUCUCUUGUUGAUCUGUUUUCAUAUCUGAAUACUUUAGAAACUCUCAUACUCGGCCUACAGUCUUUUUUAACAUCAUAGGUAUUAUUUCCUUUUAAGGCCCUUUCAUUGCUUCCUUCAAAUACUACUCUUUCUUAUUCAAAACCCUUAAAUCUCUCUUCCUCUUCCUCUUUCUCUUGUUCGUAUCUAACAAAUUCUACCCUUUCUUUGUUUCGUUUUGCUUUUGUUCCUUUUCACGACUCUCUAAGUCUCUCUGUACAUAGAACAAACCAAAGAGCUCCAUUAAUGGCAGCCAAUAAAUUUGCAACCAUGUUGCAUAAUAAUACAAACAGGGUCACUCUUGUUCUUGCAUAUGCAUUGCUGGAAUGGGUUCUCAUCCUUCUUCUCCUUCUCAAUUCUCUCUUUUCUUAUCUGAUCAUCAAAUUUGCUGAUUACUUCGGUCUUCAAAGGCCUUGCCUUUGGUGUACUAGGCUUGAUCAUAUCUUUGACCCAUCCAAGUACAACAAUUCUUAUAGGGAUCUUGUUUGCGAUGGUCAUGCCAACGAGAUUUCUAGACUGGGUUAUUGUUCAUCUCAUCGGAAACUAGCCGAGUCUCGAGAUAUGUGUGAGGAUUGCUUGUCCUCGUCACGGUCGGAUUGUUGUGACUUGUCAAAGAAGUUAGCUUUUUUCCCAUGGAUGAAGCAGGUCGGUUUGAUUCAAGAUGGUGGCGAUAAAGUGAUGGAAAAUAGUGAAGAGAAUUGCAAGUGUUCUUGUUGCGGUGUCAUGUUGGAGAAAAAGUGGAACUUUCCUUAUCUCUUGAUUAAGCCUUCUUGGGAGGUUUUGGAUUAUCCCCAGAAAGGUAAUUUAAUUACUGAAGAUGGAGGAUUUGAUAAUGUUGAAGAUGAAGGCAAUGCUUCAGAUGGAGCCAAGUCAGAUGUUUUGGCUGAUUUUCAGGAAGAUAAACAAAGGGUUGAAGAAAACAAUAGAGUUGAGAUCUUGUCUCAUGGUGAUGAGGAUGAGGAUGGGGGUGAGGGUGUUGGAGAAGAACUGGGAAAAGAGGAGGAGUUUUCAUGUUUUAUUUCUAGUUUUGAUUGCAAUCAGAUGGCUGCCAAUGAAGAUGAUUUCAUUUUAGAGAAAGAUCUGGUAUCAAUGGAAGAAGAAAAAGAAGGAAACUUAAAUGUAUUAAUGGAUGGCCCUGAGUUGACUCAAGUCGCUUGUAGCAAAGACGAGUCUCCUGAAAUUCAACCUAAGCAUCUGGAGUUCUACAUUGAAGGGGAUGGUUGCCAUUUGAUUCCAAUUGAAUUGAUGGCUUCUGUUGGCGUGGAAAGCCAAAGAAUAUACAAUUUUAGAGAGGAAGAUGAAGGUAUUGCUGGUAAUGGAGAUGUUAUUUUGGACUUUGAUAUGCAUUGUGGGACACCAUUGGAACUGGUAGUGGAGAAUAGUUGCAGUUCAGGAGAGAAAGUGGUAUUGAUUUCACCCCACGAGAGUGAGGAUGAAACCAGUGUUGCAGUGGUCGAAUUAAUGGAGUCUAAGGAGCUGAAGGAGAGCUUUUCAACGCAUGCAAGAGAGGAAGAUGAGCAAGUUCCUUUGAAUGAAGCUGAUGAAGUUCAAGGAAAUGCAGCAACAGGAGAAAGGGAAAUGAGUGUAGAUGUUAAUCAAGUUUCUGAUGAGCAAAAUGAUGAAAUUGAAGCAGAGGUCUCAAUAGGGACAGAUAUCCCUGAUCAUGAACCAAUUGAAGAUAUUCAACUGCAACAUUUGUUUGAUGAAUUCACACAUGAAAAUCCCUCCACCACUACUCAAUUGCAUGUAGAUGUUGAUAAUGGCUCCAAGAAUGCUGAAGAAGAAACAAUACAGUUUAAAACUAUGACAGUUGAGACAUGUGACCAAGCAAUAAAAAUCCAUUUAUCAGUACCUUCAGAGUCUAAUGAGAUUGAGGAUGAUAAAGUUCUUGAUACACCAACCUCUCUGGAUGGUAUCCACCAGUUGCACAAGAAGUUGCUAUUGCUCGAAAAAAGAGAAUCGGGAACGGAAGAUUCAUUGGAUGGAAGUGUUUUUAGUGACAUUGAGUGUGGUGAUGGAGUACUGACUGUUGAGAAGUUGAAAUCAGCAUUAAAAGCUGAAAGGAAGGCUUUAAAUGAUUUGUAUACCGAACUUGAGGAAGAGAGGAGUGCUUCUGCUGUAGCAGCACACCAGACAAUGGCAAUGAUAAAUAGGCUUCAAGAAGAAAAGGCAGCAAUGCAGAUGGAAGCCUUGCAGUAUCAGAGGAUGAUGGAAGAACAAUCUGAGUAUGACCAGGAAGCUUUGCAGCUUCUUAAUGAGCUUAUGGUCAAGAGGGAGAAAGAGAAGGCGGAGCUUGAGAAAGAGCUUGAGAUAUAUCGCAGGAGGGUGCAGGACUAUGAGACCAGAGAGAAAAUGAUAAUGCUGAGAAGAAGGAAAAAUGAAAGCACUAGGAGUGCUACUUCUGGUACUUGCAGCAAUGCUGAGGACAGUGACAGUCCAUCAGUUGAUUUGAAUCAGGAACCAAAGGAAGAAGACAGCUUUGGGAACCAUCAGGAGGACAGCAGACAGAAUACCCCUGCUGAUGCCGUUCUGUAUUUGGAGGAGUCGUUGGCUAGCUUUGAGGAAGAGAGGCUAUCGAUUCUAGAGCAGCUCAAAGUAUUGGAAGAGAAAAUGGUUUCAUUGAAUGAUGAGGAGUUACAUUUUGAGGAUGUAAAAUCAAUUGAAUUAUUGUAUGAAGAGAAUGGCAAUGGCUUCCAUGGAAUUUCUGAUUUCACCUAUGAAACAAAUGGGGUUACCAAUGGUCAUUUUGAGGGAGCAAAUAGGAAACAUCAUCUGGAGAAAAAGCUGAUGGCUGCAAAUGCAAAGAGACUUCUCCCACUUUUUGAUGCUGCUGAUGCAGAAAUCGAGGAUGGGUUACUGAAUGGACAUGGAAAAGGAUUUGAUUCUGUUGUCUUGCAACAGAAUUCACCCGCCAACUCCGAACUAGAGAGCAAAAAGCUGGCUAUUGAGGAAGAAGUGGAUCAUGUUUAUGAGAGACUACAAGCACUUGAGGCAGAUAGGGAGUUCCUAAAGCAUUGUAUUAGCUCCUUGAGGAAAGGAGAUAAAGGAAUCUAUCUUCUUCAAGAAAUUUUACAACAUCUUCGUGAUUUACGGAGUGUGGAUCUCCGAGUAAGGAGUAUCGGAGACACCGUUAUAUAGUUGCAUACAGCAUAAUACAUACACUUGGAAGGCUAAUCGAAUACUCAAUUGGAGUAGCUUAACCACUGCACAUUUAGGACUAGAAAACAGAAAUACCAACUUCGGUGCCGGUCAAUGAUACAGAUGCCAAUACAAUUCCACAUUUCCAACAAUCUUCAACAGGAAGGCCCCUUAAAAGGACAGGGAAGCUCCUGCUGUGGUCUGUUUGAUGAACUUGGUUCUCAGUGUCCCAAGUAAUCCCAACAUUUUUGUGGGGUUUCAGCUCUUCAUCACCUUUUUGAGCAAAAGGAAGAUGGUGAGUGUAUGUGUGUGUGAAAGCUUAGUGAGGUGAAAGCCAAGCUGUCAUUUUGCAUGUUGUGAGAAAAAGGGCAUGGAGUGAUCCAACAAAGAUUCCUCUGCCAGAUGCAUAACAUUAGUUUAUUCAGACAAUUAGAACUAGGAGGCCCUUUUUUUUUUUUUUUUCAUAAUCAAUGGAAAGAAAGGGUAAAUAACCCUAUUUUCGUUCUGGUCUUUUGCAUCAUAUUAUCACCUGGUUUGGGUCUACUUUUUAUUUGGGAGGGCAAAGUUGAGUUACAUGUAUACUACAUGCAUCCAUCUGUAAGUAUAUAAAGUGAGUGUUUUGUAUUGUUGUUUA